AUGAGCAGUUCAACGAAAGAUCUGGCAAAACAAUGGGCCAACCCAGGCGACAUCCUCAGCAUUCUCCUCCUCAUCGGAAGCGACAUCGUUCAAAAAGCAAUCACCCAACUCGUCGGUCAUAAAUUGCGUAUACCUGGUACAAAAACCCAUUUUCACAUCGCACCGGUCGCUUUCUCAUUCGGCUGGGCUACCUACGGCUUCACCAACCUUGUCGCUGCUGUAGGCAGCAUGAGAUUGAUGCCGACGACCGAUUGCCCUUCAAUUUUAGUCAAUAGUUCUAAUGGCUUCACUCGCGAUAAUCGGUCUUGGGUGUUGGGUCGGAUUCUUCGUGACCAUGAGAUCCAUCAUAUGGUCGAUCCAAGACCUAUCAGUGAGGGAGGUCGUGCGGAGUCUAUACGAAUCGACGUGUUUCAUCUCAAUCCUGUCAAGUCGCCGACAUGCGAUAUGAUAUGGUGGCUUGGAUGGGCCACGCUGGCGACUCAACUUGUCAUAGUAACUAUUCCAGGAUUCUUGUACGGAGACUGGACUAUUUUACUCAUCGCAUUAGUCGGCAUUUGUCUUGUGUUCAUUACAGUUGCGCUGCCACAAUGGAAUGAAGAGAAAUGGGCCACGCCCAGUCUAUUAACCCGCGAAAAGGUGACUUGCCUCACGCGCGGGAAUGGCUACUUGCACAUAAUGGUAUUCAUCGGAUGCUCAGGGUCACUGGACUUGGAAAGGCUAGCCACGCGAAUGUCCACACCACGCGCUGGGACCCGUUGGAUUUCUCUUCUACUGGCUAUCCUCUGGAUCUGUCUACUGGUAUCCAUAUCCGCCCUGAAAGAGCAUACGUGGUUUCUGAUUGGUAUUGGAGGACUCGGGAUGCUACAUAAUGUUUUGGCAGCUGGUAUAUCGAGAGAUCCUGCUGCCUCCAACUUCCACCUAACGAAAUUCGAACGAGCGCCGACAAUCAUCGGCAUCCACCAGGGCUCAGGAAAUGAUGAUGCAGAUGCAAAUGUUGAUCCAGACCAAGUCCGACAGGAACUUUCGGACCUGGAGGCUUGGGUAUCGAGUCCAACAAAUACCCAGGGAGAAACGGCAAAUGAGCCCUGUUCCCAUUUGCCGACCUCAAGCCCUUCGUGGAUCACGUCCAUGUCAGAGAAGGACGGUACACCGGAUUGGUUAAGAGCAGUACAGCCUACCUUCACUGAACCCUCCGACACAGAAGCUGCACAGCCAUCCACCAAGCAGACAUGGAACCCAUUCAAGCCAAAUACCUCGAACACAGGCAAGGUGAUAUACGCCAAGGGUGUCCAUGGCGCUCUGAUGGAAUUGGAAAAAUGGGUACCCAAUGCCGGACUCUCUAUGGUACAAAUAUUCUUCCCAACCGGCCUACAGUACCAUGACGAAGCGAUUCGAGAUAAUGUACACAAGAAGUUCUGGAAGAGGGCGUACAAUACUAGGAAGCUUAGGGCGAAGGCUGAAGAGAAGAGGAGAGCUGAGGAUAGACCUGGGGAUCUGCUUGAAGUUUGA